GGCAGCAAGAUGUUGGCCUUUGCGGCCAGGACCAUGCCCAGGCAGGCGGCUGUCUCUUGCUAGGUUCUACUCGCCCGCUCAGUAGCACAGUUAGGCUUAGAGAUCCAGCCCAAGGCAGACAGACAGACAGGGCUCAGGACCUCAGUCCUGCCAUGGAGGACAGGCAGCAGGGAGAGAAGGUGAAGCCCCUCAGCUUCCUCAAGCCCACCUCCCUGACGAAGGUUUCCGGCCGCUUCAAGGCGCACCAGGAUGCGCUGCCGCGGCUGCCCGUGCCCUCCCUGCAGCACUCACUGGACCACUACCUCAGCGCGCUGCAGCCCAUCGUGAGCACGGAGGAGUGGGCGCAGACCAAGCAGCUGGUGGAUGAGUUCCGGGCCCCAGGCGGUGUUGGGGACCGCCUACAGAAGGGGCUGGAGCGCCGCGCCAAGAAAACAGAGAACUGGCUCUCCGAGUGGUGGCUCAAGACGGCAUACCUCCAGUACCGCCAGCCUGUGGUCAUCUACUCCAGCCCCGGCCUGGUGUUGCCCAAGCAGGACUUUGUGGAUCUGCAGGGUCAGCUGCGGUUUGCGGCCAAACUCAUUGAGGGUGUGUUGGAUUUCAAGGCCAUGAUUGACAAUGAGACCCUGCCCGUGGAGUACCUGGGGGGCAAGCCGCUGUGCAUGAACCAGUACUACCAGAUCCUGUCCUCCUGCCGUGUGCCAGGCCCCAAACAGGACUCAGUCGUCAACUUCAGCAAGACCAAGAAGCCGCCCAUGCACAUCACCGUGGUCCACAACUACCAGUUUUUUGAAGUGGACGUGUACAACAGCGAUGGGACGCCCCUGACCGCGGACCAGCUCUUUACACAGCUGGAGAAGGUGUGGAACUCGUCGCUGCAGACCAACAAGGAGCCCGUGGGCACCCUCACCUCCAACCACCGCAACUCCUGGGCCAAGGCCUACAACACGCUCAUCAAAGACAAGGUGAACCGGGAGUCGGUGCGCUCCAUCCAGAAGAGCAUCUUCACCGUGUGCCUGGACGCGCCCAUGCCACGGGUCUCGGAGGACAUGUACCGCAGCCACGUGGCUGGGCAGAUGCUGCACGGCGGGGGCGGCACGCUCAACAGCGGCAACCGCUGGUUUGACAAGACGCUGCAGUUUAUCGUGGCAGAAGACGGCUCCUGUGGGCUCGUGUACGAGCACGCGGCGGCAGAGGGCCCCCCCAUCGUGGCGCUCUUGGACCACGUCAUCGAGUUCACGAAGAAGCCCGAGCUGGCACGGUCACCCAUGGUCCCCCUGCCCAUGCCCAAGAAGCUGCGCUUCAACAUCACCCCAGAGAUCAAGAACGACAUUGAGAAGGCCAAGCAGAACCUGGGCAUCAUGAUCCAGGACCUGGACAUCACGAUGGUGGUGUUCCACCACUUUGGAAAAGACUUCCCCAAGUCUGAGAAGAUGAGCCCGGACGCCUUCAUCCAGAUGGCCCUGCAGCUGGCCUACUACAGGAUCUACGGGCAGGCAUGCGCCACCUAUGAAAGUGCCUCCCUGCGCAUGUUCCACCUGGGCCGCACUGACACCAUCCGCUCGGCUUCCAUGGACUCGCUGGCCUUUGUCAAGGCCAUGGAUGACGCCAGCGUGGUGGAUCACCAGAAGGCAGAGCUGCUUCGGAAGGCCGUGCAGGCCCAUCGAACCUACACCGACCUGGCCAUCCGAGGGGAGGCGUUCGACCGGCAUCUGCUGGGCCUGAAGCUGCAGGCCAUUGAGGACCUGGUGAGCAUGCCCGACAUCUUCAUGGACACCUCCUAUGCCAUCGCCAUGCACUUCAACCUCUCCACCAGCCAGGUCCCUGCCAAGACAGACUGCGUCAUGUGCUUUGGGCCCGUGGUGCCAGACGGCUACGGCGUCUGCUACAACCCCAUGGAGGCCCACAUCAACUUCUCCGUGUCAGCCUACAACAGCUGUGCCGAGACCAAUGCCGCGCGCCUGGCCCACUACCUGGAGAAGGCCCUCCUGGACAUGCGUGCCAUCAUGCAGAGCCACCCCCGGGCCAAGCUCUGAGCCCGUGGGCUCGGGCUGCCGGAGCCACAGCCAGGACCUGAUCUUCUGUGCUGAGGGGGGCCUCCCUUCUCCCCGCUGGCUCCCCCAGAUCUGACUGAGCCGAAGGGAUAGGACAGCCCCUCGUGGGACCUGUUAGCCCAACCCAAGUGCCUUCCAUGGGUCAUCUCAAUGCCUGCUCUGACCCUCGAGUGUGGGGUGGGCUUGGAGGCUGGGCAGGUGGUAGAGUCCAGGCCCCUUCCAGAGGGCCAGCGUGUGAGCCUGGGUCAUAGUCCCUGCCCUCACCAGCUCCACUCCGGCCAGGCCCUGCCCUCUCUCCUCUCCGGAGGCAGCUGUUAUCUGAUCUCCACUCUGUCCAGAGCCUGGAGACAGGUCACUUCCCAGAGCUCAGGGGGUCUAGGCCACUGGGGCCUCUCUGUGAGCAACACCUGAGAGACCCCGGGUUGGGCACCGCCCAGUACAGGUGAGGACGGAGCCUCCCUCCGCCCUGUGUCAGGGUGCUUGCUGUUCUCCGAGGGCGACCAUGGGCUCUGGUUCCUAACGGGACUCAGCAGCCUAGCCCUCUCACUUCCACCAAGCUAGAGCCCUGGCCGUGCUCACGGCCGCUGUAUGUUGUCACCAGAGGAGGUACUCAAUAAAGGGACACUAUUGGUAAAGAGAUGCUGCAGCGGAGCGGGCAGGUUGGGUGGGAUGGACACCUGGCUGGUCUGGAGCCAGUGCCAAGCAGCCAGCGGGAACCCGAGGGCUCAGAGGAAGGAGGUCAGGUCAGGAUCCAAGGUCCAGCUCCAGCCAAGUGCCAGGCACAGCCCUGCCCUCUCCCCAAACAACUGCUGGCAUGGACCUCCCAGAGCCCUAUAGGUGGGGACACCUCUGCAGGGUGCUCCAGCCAGUGGUGGACUGGGCAACCAGCCUGGGCUGACAUCCAGGGCCUCCCUCAUAACCUCUCGCAGCUCCCUGGCGAUGACAAUGGAAAAUGGAGGUAGAGCGGGCAGGUGUUCUGCCUCCGGCCCUGGCUGCCCUCUCACCUGACACCUGCCCCAGAACACUCCACCCUCCACCCCCACGUACCUGCCGAGAUUAUUGUGAGACAGCCCCGAGGGAGAGGGUGGACCUGUUUUUCAGAUAAGGAAACCAAGGUUCAGCGGUGAAAGUCACCUGGCCACUAGGUGGCAGAGUGGAGAUCCCCUGAAGUCAGGCUAGCCCAUCCAGCCCAGGGUCCUGGUGGCUCCUAGGGCUAAGCCCCCAGUCCCACUCUGCACCCCACGCCCCCACCCAACCCCCACACACACCCUGGGCAGACAGAGAUGGGGAGGCAAUGGUGGAAAAUGUGCACGGUGCUCAGUGCUCAUGACCUGGUGCCUGUGCGGCCUGGGCCAGGUGACUGCAGCCCUGAAUCUCCUAGUGCGUCUGUCCCCAGCUACAUUCAGGGGUGUCUAAAGGGGCCCUGCCUCCACAGGUGAAGCCUGGAGAGGGCAUGCCACUUACUCUGGACCCUUGGGGAGGGAGGGAGGGAGGGUUCCUCUGAGGCCAGAGACCUGGAGGAGGCCAGACCCAGAAGGCCCCACUAUGGCUUUGCUCUUGGGCUCUGGCAAGUGUGGCCCUUCCGAGGGUGACCGGGAGUCUUGGGAAGCUUAGCCCACCCAGCUGGAUGUAGUGGCUUCUACGUGGACAGCCCAACCUAGGGCAGCAGAAAGAGGGUGACCCAGGGAAAGGGCACAGCCAGGCCAACCUGAACCAGACAGGUGUGCGCCCCCUGCCCCCAAUCACCCUUCAGCAGCAAGGGUCUCCCUUCACCUCAGCUCCUGCAGCUCUCACCAUCCGGAGCGGCACCCACAAUUCUUUGGGGCAUCAAGCACUGUUUGGGGAAGACACCUUAGCUAAAACCAUCCCAAUCCCUGUUGAAAGGAAUGCAGAAGAGGAUGGAGAAAUGAUCAAGGUGUAGCCGGUUGUCCCAAGGGUGGGACCCGUGACCUCACGUUUCGAGUGCUGGGUUUGGGAACUAAAGAUCUUCAAAGGUCCCUGGGGAAGCAGGGAGGUAGUGCUGGGGGCAGCCCGCGUGAAGCUCAAGGCAUUUCCAGAUCCCAAAGCACUUUGGCUGUGGGAAGACAGUGGAUCCAUAAAGUCAUUAGGUAAAUAGUUCAAAUAAAUUGAAUUAUUUACACCUGAGUUAGCUUUUCAAUUUCCCUAGUGGCCAAAGAUUCAAGGGAAGACCUUCAACAAAUUUGUUUGUGUAUGCCAAACGUGAGUGCAAAAAACUGAAGUACAUUUUAUAUUACCAUUUGAAAUGCAACAAGGGAAGACACGUGGCGUUCAUGUAAAUCCUCUAAACAUUUAGAGAGCCGAGUUGACACAGCCUUGAUUUUGGGUCUGUGCCCCCAGAAAAUGUGCCAGCGUGGGAAACCUGGCACCUGGAAGAGAGUGUAUGUGACAAACUCCCACCAUUCGUAUGCUAAGGAGUCUGGGAAGUCAGGGCUCCCAUGGAAGGAACCUUCAUGUUUGUGGGUGGGAGAUGCGUCCUCCUCACCAUUUCCUGUGUAAGUCAUUCCCUCCAACGCCCCUCAUCACGCCAAGUUCAAGGUACAGUUUGCAAACCCUCGGUCACUCCCUAUACUCUUUAAUGAAACCUAUGGGGCCUUGAUUUUUAUUGAUGAAAAUUGGCAAGAGCCGUCAGCAACAAGAUGAAGUAAUAUAUAAUAUACUUUAUGAAGUUCACUGUAAAUACAAUUUAAAAUGUUAAACAAUAAAAUACCCCCCCCCAAAUUAAACUAAAUUAAAAAAAUAAAAACCCUCCCAUUCUAUCCUGAAAUUCCUCUUACUUCACAAGGCACAUGCACACACAUUUUAUUUUCUUCUAAGUGACUAUAUUAUACUGUUAUGACAACUGGUUUCACGCUACGUAUAUGUUUAUUUUAUGUUGAUUCUUCACUCUUUGAAUUAUUUACAGCUGAGUUAGCUUUUCAAUUACAAUUAUAUUUUAAGGUUUACAGUAUUUUUAUCCCUUUAUGUGAAACUUAAAAAAAACACUAUUAUUCUCAAGUUUGUGUUCUUCAAUGGGAAAAAAGAAUCUUGUUUGAAAUAAGCUAUUAUGUAUAAUUCAUUGCAGUCUCAAAUAUGGCUUGCGUGUUCCCAGUUGAAAGGGGUCUUUUUUCAUAACUCAGUGUCUUUUAUUUUCUUCCCCACAGAAAUUAAAAUGAUCAACAUAG